UCCAUUAAGGGUGGGCCGACUCCGAGAACUUCCGAACUUUCGACUCCGAACAUUUUUGGGCGCGAAUUCGUCGACUUCGACUCCGAAUUCGAAUUCAGGUCAAGAUAGCAGCCAAUCAAAUUUGAGGAGAGGCAAGGUCAAUUCGGUGGGAUUCGUGUCAAGUCAAGUCGUUCUCCCUACAUCCGUCGAGUCGAACACGCUGUAGAGAAUCCCGACUCCACGGACCAGUGUAGACAAAGGGGGCGGGGAGGGGGGAGGGGGAAGGAGCAGGGAAGAGGUCACAGAGGUCGGGAUUGAGGCAGGCAAUGUUUUCAUUGACAUCAGGGGAGGGCACCAGUUUGUUUUGAAAGUUAUUUGCCCCUCGUUGACAGUACAGCCGCAUUCAUGUGCGAGGAUAAUGGAUGCAAACAGGUCAUAAUAAAAAUCAAAGCAUAAAAUCCCGCAGUCUCGAACUCUAAAGUCAGACCAUGCAAAUCAAAGCAACAGUCAGCAAGACAGAAGUCUAUAAAAAAUAACAGUAAUAGAUCUAGAUCUAGAUUUAUAUCAUAAUCAACAUUUAUUAUGACAAGAUGAAACAUACAAGGUUGAAAACAAACAUGGAGUAAUGCAAAAGAGACGAGAAAUGUGACAAUGUAAAUGUAAGUGCCAGACAGGUCGUAAGAAAAUACAUGUAGAUAGUACAAUGAAGAGGAGAAAAGUAGUGAAAUGUGUGUGAUCGUAGUGAAAGCCAAAGAAAGAAGGAGGCUGGGAUAAUCACGGGAUUUGAAUUUGACGUGAAGAUGGCUUGCAAUUGUGAUUGGUGCAAUCAGAGACGCAAUGCUCGUCCGUCACCGUAGUGCGUAAAUUUGACCUUGGCCUCUUAGGGCAUAACCACCAGCAGAAGGGAUUUGUAACUGCUAGCGAAUCAGCGCGUUCUAAAAGCUCAUGUGACUUUCAUUGAGUCGAUGGAAUCGUGGGACGGUCCAAUUCGAACUCGCUGCUUCCUUCUGAACACAGCGAGGGGAAAAUAGAAAUAAGACAUCGUGUUUUAUGAUACUUUUCAAACUUAUGCAUUUUUAUUCAUUCAAAUCUAACUUUUGAGCGUUCAAAAAUGUUUCUUGGGUGCAGUUUUGCGUAAAAUUAUUCACAGUUUUUAACAAAUUAAAUAUGUUUUCGCUCCUCGUGAUCUAUUUUCCCCUUGGCUGCCCUAGUUCGGGAAUUCGUGUUCGGACUCGUCCUCCUGCCCAAUGUUCGAUCUCCGACUCAGACCCCACGAAUUCGCCGAAUUCCGAAUCUCGACUUGACUUCGCCCAUGCUUACCAUCCAUCGUUCAUCUUCAAGAUGGCAUCGAAGAUUCAGCACGUUGUCGCUGAUGCUGGGGCUUUCAUACGUAAUGCUCCUUUACGAGACAUCGGAGAGAAAGUGUACACUGUGCCAGAAGUGAUAGCUGAAAGCUGUGAUAAAGCAACAAGACAGAGGCUCAAGACUUUGCCAGUUGAGCUGACCUUCAAAGAACCAUCUUCAGAAGCUGUGCUUUUUGUGACUUCCUUUUCCAAAAAGACAGGAGACUACGGUUCUUUGUCAGCUGUAGAUUUGAAAGUUUUGGCCUUGACAUAUGACUUGGAAAGACAGUUCAAUGGCACCAACCAUAUUCGAAAGGAACCUUUGAAAAAGCCUGAGUACACAGUGGGCUCUAGUACACCUGGAGUAGAUCAAGUGAUAUCAUCCAAGAGAUACGGUGAAGGGGAUGCUUUGCCUUCUCAUUUGAUUGAGGAUGACUCUGAAGAAGAUGAGGAUGAUGAUGAAGUUCAGGAUGACAACGAAGAUGAUGAUGGUGACAAAGAUAAUGAACAUGUGGAUGGUGGGGCUCUAGCAGAAGAAAUGGAUGCAGCGGAUGAUGUUGAUGAAGAGGAGGAGGAGGAGGAAGAAGAUGAGGAUGAUGAAGGUUGGAUCACACCUUCUAAUAUAAACGAUGUCAAAAGGUCUUAUGGUGUUGAGACGGUGAAAGCCGGGAGUCUUGUGUCCGUAGGAUGUCUCACAACAGACUUUGCUAUGCAGAAUGUGUUGAUCCAGAUGGGUCUCCAUGUAUUGUCAGUGGAUGGCAUGUUGAUCAAACAAGUCAAGAGCUAUGUGCUUCGUUGCCAUGGCUGCAUGAGGAUCACAAAGGAUACCAGUAAACAGUUCUGCCCUCAUUGUGGCAACAAGACUCUGAAACGUCUCACCACCAGCAUAGAUGAAAACGGUGUGGUGAAGUACCACCUGGCGAGAAACUACAUGGUCCGAACUCGGGGCAAGAAAUACUCGCUGCCCAAGCCUCAGGGUGGUAAGCACGCCUUUAAUCCCCUGCUCACAGCUGACCAGCCACUGCCUCAUCAGAGACCAGCCAAGAAAGCUUUGCAAAAGGUGGACAUCCUAUCUGCUGACUACGUUGCUGACAGCAGCCCAUUUCGUCUUAAUGACGUGACAAGCCGCGCCUCACAGCUUGGUAGAAACAAACAGCAGGCUCCUCAGUGGACUCGUCGGAAUCCAAAUGAGAAUAGACGAAAACCUAAUAAAAGGAAAUGAAUUUUACCAUG